AUGAGCGCAAUACAUAAGUCAAAUUUAAAACGAAUUCGAGAUAUUCUAUUAGCAGAUGAAAAUAAAAUUAAUAAUGAUGUUAAUGGUAAUCAAGGCUCUGAUUCAGAUAGUGAAUCUGAUUUUCUUGCAACUGAAUCAAAUGAUACAUCUAAUAGUGAACAUAUAUCAAAAGAAUCUGAUUUAUCAAAUUCUGAUUUUGAACAUGGUGAUGUUAUUACAGUUAGUCAACCAGAAACAUUAAAAAAGAACGGUGUCACAUGGUCUAUGUGUCCAAACUUUUCUUCGCACCUCUAUUCAUUAUACAUAUCGGUAUACGAGCUUAUUUCUACUAUUUCCUAG